AUGGCUCGAUCAUUCCUUCUUCAAUUGGCAUUUGCCUUAACUUUCCUCGUCUUCGCAGAUGCCAUAUACACCAAGAAUUCCCCUGUCCUCCAGGUCACUGCAAAGACAUAUGACUCUUUGAUCAAGCAAACUAAUCAUACUUCGAUUGUUGAAUUCUAUGCACCGUGGUGUGGACAUUGCCAGAAUCUCAAACCUGCCUACGAGAAAGCCGCAAAGGCCCUAGCCGGACUAGCAAAGGUUGCUGCAAUCGACUGCGACGAUGAAGCCAAUAAGCCCCUGUGCGGCCAGAUGGGUGUAACAGGAUUUCCCACUUUGAAGAUUGUGAAACCAGGAGCCAAACCAGGUCGGCCUGUGGUGGAGGACUACAAUGGAGCGCGCUCUGCAAAAGCAAUAGUUGAUGCUGUCAAGGACAAAAUCCCCAAUCAUGUCAAGAGACUGCAGGGUUCGACCUUCGUCACUUGGUUCAACGAAGAAUCAAACACCGCUAAAGCCGUUGUCUUUUCCGAGAAAGGUACUACGAGCCCCCUCGUCAAAAGUCUGGCGGUCGAUUUCCUCGGAAGUAUUGCUUUUGCCCAAGUCAAAGAUGCCACCACUGCGAAGAAAUAUGGAGUCUCUGAGUUCCCAGCCGUUCUUCUCAUUCCUGCUCAAAGUGUUAACCCAAUCCCCUACAAGGGCGACCUCAAUCGGGAAUCAUUGUUGAGCUUUUUCGCCCAGGUCGCUUCGCCGAACCCCGAUCCUGCGCCUCCAAAAGCGAAAGCACCCAAAUCAUCCAGAAAGCCAAAGGCCACUUCAUCUGCAUCCGCAAAAUUCUCCCGUGCUUCAGAGGCCCACAAGUCAUCUGAUUUCGACGAUUUUAUGGGAAGCUCAGGGACUAUUGUUCUUGAUGAUGACACCCCAACCGAGUCACCGAUUCCGAUUGUCAAUAAUCAACAAGAGCCAGUUGCAAUUCCCUCAAUUCUUCUACCGAUUCCCACCCUCUCAACUUCUGCCGAUUUGGAAGCGUCGUGUUUGGCACCCAAAAGUGCAAACUGCAUCUUGGUCCUUCUGCCCGCCAAACACAAUGCUGAUUCUAUCUCCGAAGCCGAGACAUCAGUACUUUCAGGGUUCGCCGAGAUCGUUGAAAAGCACAAGAAGCGCCAAGCAAAUGUAAUCCCUAUGUUUGCCAUUCCUGCCGAUGUGGCCGCUGCUACGAGAAUAAGACAGGACCUGGGCAUCAGUCCGCCUGAACAUCUUGAAGUGGUGGCGCUGAACAUGAAGCGCGGCUGGUGGCGCCAUUACUCCUCUAAAACUUACGAAAUACUUGAGUUGGAAGAUUUUGUGGACGCCAUCAAGCUUGGAGAAGGCGCCAAACAAAAACUUCCUUCCACUUUUGGAGGUUCAAGUGAAGAUCAAUCAAAACCUGACGCCAAAGAUGACUUUUCUAUCGUGGGAGAUAAAACCUCAGAAUCAGAGACCACCAACAUUGUCACCGAGGUAGAGCCACAGAAAACUACUGCAUCAAGACACGAGGAAUUGUGA